AUGAAUCAAAUUUUGAGUACGACAAUAAAAUCCAGUUGCAGAUAUGGUUAUUUUUUACCUAAACGCCAUUGUAUAUCUGUAAUUUCUAGUGCUUCUGAAACUGUGUCCAAACCUGAUAAUACUUCUCAAACAUUUAAAGAUGCUCCAGGGCUUAGAGAAGUAGGACCUGGUGCUUCCAAAAGUUCCAUUUACAAAAAUGUCGAAUAUUUUUGUUAUAACAAUGUGUCUUAUUUUGAAGCAGAGGUAGAAAUGUUAAAAUAUAGAUUACCUCAACCAUCUAAUAAAACUAUUUCACCUCAUAAGUAA